AUGGAUGUCCCCGAGCCAGACCAGUCGCCUUUCACGGCCGUCACUGCACACACCUCUAAACUGACCAGGCAAUACCAAUCUUACCUGGAUGCCUCGACUCCUUAUACUACUUACCGUUGGGUAGGAAGUGGUGUUCUCCUGCUUAUGUUCUUCUUGAGAAUCGUUCUCGCGCAAGGAUGGUACAUCGUCGCCUACACAUUGGGAAUCUACCUCCUGAAUCUCUUCCUCGCCUUCCUUACCCCGAAAUUCGAUCCCUCCCUCACACAAGACGAAGGACUUGAAGACGGCGACGCAGGUCCCUCUCUCCCUAGCAAGCAAGACGAGGAAUUCCGUCCCUUCAUCCGCCGUCUCCCCGAAUUCAAGUUCUGGCACUCCGCCACCCGCGCCGUCGCCAUCGGCUUCGUGUGUAGCUGGUUCUCCAUGUUCGAUAUUCCCGUUUUCUGGCCCGUUCUCGUCGUUUACUGGAUUAUUCUCUUCGUUCUUACUAUGCGCCGACAAAUCCAGCACAUGAUCAAGUACCGUUAUGUGCCGUUUUCCUUCGGUAAGACGCGGUAUGGCCGUUCAUGA